GGAUCUACUCGCGCCAUGCUGUUGCCGUUGCUGCUGCCGCUGUCGCUCCCCAGCGGCCGUUCCCCCCCGAGGCCGGCUUCCCUCCCGCCCCUGCUCGCCCUCCUCCUGCUCGCCCUGCUGCCGGGCCCCGCGCGGCCCAUCUCCUUCCAGCUGCCGGGCAAGGCCCGCAAAUGCCUGCGCGAGGAGAUCCACCGAGACAUGCUCGUCACCGGCGAGUACGAGGUCGUCGCUCCGCCGGGCUCGUCGAGCGGCCCGUCCGCCAACCUCAAGAUUACUGACUCAGCUGGGCAUAUUCUCUAUGUCAAGGAGGAUGCAACUAAGGGCAAAUUUGCUUUCACCACGGAGGAUUAUGACAUGUUUGAAGCCUGCUUUGAGAGCAAGCUCCCUGUGGUUCCAGGAACAGGGCGGAUGCCAGACCAGUUCGUGACCUUGAACAUGAAGCAUGGAGUAGAAGCAAAGAACUACGAGGAGAUUGCUAAAGUAGAGAAGCUGAAGCCACUGGAGCUGGAGCUGCGACGCCUGGAGGAUCUUUCAGAGUCUAUUGUCAAUGACUUUGCCUACAUGAAGAAGCGGGAAGAGGAGAUGCGGGACACCAAUGAAUCUACCAACAUUCGGGUACUAUACUUCAGCAUUUUUUCGAUGUUCUGCCUCAUUGGACUGGCUACCUGGCAAGUCUUCUAUCUGCGUCGUUUCUUCAAGGCCAAGAAGCUGAUUGAAUAGGGGCAGUUUCCCCUUUUUUAAACCCCAGCAGAACAACAGAGACCCAACUAUGGCUGUUUAGAGCCACCUCAGGGUUCACCUGCCAAACAGAGCUUUUUCUGCAAUGGCUCCCGGUGGGGGUGGGGGGGUGGGGAGGGAAAUGCUGGUAUAGAACACGGUCAGGAUGCUUCUGAACUAUUAUUGGAUAGACAUGGAAGAUGGUGGGAGCUGUGAUUUUGGGCACUCUUGGACAGGGAUGAAAUAAAACUGUCAUGACAGCUGUGGUUGGCUCUUACGCUGUCUUUUUCUCUCACUUACAAAUGAGGUCAGGUGACCUCUUCCCAUAUGUCACCAGAUUGAUCCUCUAAGCCACUUGAAUACAUGCAGUUUGUUAAAACUUGCAGCAUUCUAUCUCUUACCACAGAGUUUUGAGAGGGAGCCACUCGGAGUCAACCAUCCCAGAAGCAGAUCUUGUUGCAAAUUGAUCAGUAGCUACACUUUUGGAGUGGAGAAGGAACUGCCAGUGGCAUUUGUCUGUCAGAAUAUUGAUAUUUUUAAUGUGUAGAAGCAGGAAGGACAGUUGGAAAAUAACAGAGCUGUGUUGUUUAAAUUACAGAAGAAAGGCUUUAUCUACAAAUGCUCUUGUUUUCAUCCUAUCCCAUUCUCUGAAGUCAUUGCUUCCCUUGUUCUAAAAUGAAGCAGUUCUUGAAAACACCUUGGAUACUGCGAAAAGCCAUUUUUAAUGGUAAGGGGCACCAGCUUGAUGCAUACUUGAAUACACAGUUGGGUUAAUCCUUAGGGGAGGGGGAUAGGUCUCUUCUCCCUCACCCCCGUGGGCGAUAUAAAACCCUGUCUUCUACCAAAGAUAGAAGUUGGGGCAAUCUUAGACCUGCAUUUUAAUGAACUUGUAAGUUAUAUCCACAUGCUUAUAACCCAGCAUAUAACCCUGGGGACUCUGCCAAGGUUAAUUACCCCCAUAUCAACCCUGAAUUACUGGCACGGCUGGGGUCUGUUCAUGUGGGAGGCAGCCAUUUCCUACAGCAAGAAACCGAAUGUUAUUUGGAUGCAAAAUGGCAGGCAGGUGAGUCAGUGGGAGAAACUGUAGAUGAGCUGUAGUGUCAUUUCAAUUUUUAAGACAUUUGUGCCUUUUCUGGGCUCUACAAGUUUCAGGGCUUAUAGCAGCAACAAAUAUCAUCCCUGACUCAAAAAAUAACAAGUUUCAGAUCAAUGUAUCACAAAAAAUAGUCUUCGUUCCCAACUUAAAUUCACAAAUAAAUCUUAAUAUCCCCUCCUUUGCCUUGCAGGCACUUAUGUCCCCUAAAAAUCCCCUUGGCAGAGUUUGGGCCCCCUCUUGAACAACACAGGAUGAUACACAAGGGGAACUGGGGAAGUGGGAAAAUCACCCCAAAUCCAUUUUGAAUCCUAAGGAUAUUUGUGGAGGGGAAGUUUCCCAUCCUUGUCUCCCCUCCCUCAGCCACCCUCCCACUCCCCAUCCCACACUGAGAAACCAGGGGAUACUGGUAGUGGCCAGUGGAGAAGGAGGAGGGAAAAUGUCCUGCAAAUUUCCUUAACGCCUAAAUGUUGAGAGCUAACUACACUGAUCAGAAACUCUGGAACUUGUAAAAUGUCUCUUCUCCCACUGCCCAAAAUUACUGUUGUGAGUUUUGCCUUCAAGUGUCCAGUGCUGCUUUUAAAUUCAGAGCUGAAGUCUUUCCCUGCUUACCUUUUUUUACUUUGGAAACAGUUAAUAAAUAGAAACUCUGCUGGAAGAUUGUGGUACAGGUGUAGUGGGUACUUUUGGGCUCCUCUUUUUAGACUCCCAUAGCAAAUUUUCUACAGUUCAAAGCAAAAGCAUCUUUUUUGUAUCCUGUUGGCCUUUCAUUUGAAUUUGCCACUACUUUGCCAAUGAGAAAUGACCUUUUUUUGAUGGGUUAUGUGACGUCUUGAGAGCCAUUAAACUUUAGCCUUAGUGGUGUGGCUUGACAUGGCCUCACUCCUAACUCUUGUGGUGUAACUGAAGCUGAGUAGAACGGGCUGUGGAAACCUGUACAGAUUUAUCUGUAACAAGUGGGUUGGGGAUUUGUAAAUUUUUCUCAAUAAAAGUUUUUGCGGGGGGGACAUGCUCUCCA